AUGAGGUAUCUACUCCGACUGGGAUACUCGUUUGCCCGCCCUCAUGUCCGUCUAUGUCACCAAAGUGUUUACAGGAGUAACGCUAACGAACGCAGCCUCGCAGUGGUCCUUGGGGAAAAGUGAGUUGACUUUCCAUAAUCUAUUCACAUAUUUUUAACGUCAACAAGAAAGGUGUGAGAUGAUGAGAUUCUUUUGGUAUCUGUGGGUAAAGCUGAUGUAUAUUUGUGUAUAUUUAAUCCUUGUUCGGACCUCAGAAUAGAUCACUCUAAGGUGUCGGUAUUCAGGACUCAGAGUGACUCCUUACAGAAAUGACAGAAACCUGAACAUGCUCAUGUUUUCUCACUGACUUUGCAGGAAACUUGAGAUCUCAACAGGGAGGCUUGCAAAAUUUGCCGAUGGAUCUGCUGUUGUCAAGGUAAUGAAAGGUUUCAACAAACAGGUGCCAGAGGAGCUUCAUAGAGGAGUGCUAUCUUUAAAGGGAUAUUCCAGCGUAAAAUUAAUUUAGGGUCAAACACACUAUAACACCGAGUGUGACACCCCUUCAAGAAAUGAAUGUUGCCGACCGCUUGCUUCUCUAGUUUUACCAACUUUAGUAACGACCGCACUAUAGCAAUACAAAGCGGUCUGAGUAGCCACACACAAACCUCAACCAAAACGCCACUCUAUAACCACAAAUAAUGCUCAGAACAGUACCUAACUUCAUCAACAGUACAUAUAGGGUCCCAGCCACAGCACUAGCCACCAAACAUCUUUUUUAAUUUUGCCUAAUUAAUUUAAGUUAAGAAGAUGUUUGGUGGCUAGUGCUGUGGCUGGGACUCUAUAUGUACUCUUGAUGAAGUUAGGUGCUGUUCUGAGCAUUAUUUGUGGCUAUAGAGUGGCGUUUUGGUUGAGGUUUGUUUAUGGCUCCUCAGACCGCUGUGUAUUGCUAUCCUGCGGUCGUUACUAAAGUUGGUAUAACUAGAGAAUCAAGCGGUCGGCAACAUUCGUCUCUCAAGGGGGUGUCUAACUCGGUGUUACGGUGUGUUCGACCCUAAAUUAAUUUUACGCCGGAAUAUCCGUUUAAGUACAUGUUCCCAAACAUCUCCAUGUUUUCUUAUUGCUGUAUCAGCGUGACUGUGCACACAUAUUUAAAGCCUGUAUUAACCAUGUCAUGAUCUUUUUCUCUCUUUAUAGCUGGGAGAUACCUCUGUAAUGGUGACUGCUGUGAGCAAAACAAAACCUUCUCCAUCUCAGUUUAUGCCUCUUGUGGUAUGUUUCCUAACCUGACUGUAAAAAACACAAUUAUCUUUGUUUGUAGACUGAUACUUUGGAGAGUUUAUUGUUCAUAUUUAGUUAAUUUUCCUUUCUAUCGGAUUGAUUGUCUCAUUCAGCCAUAAAAAAUUAUUGUUAGGGCAGAAUAAUUGUGAGCUGUAUGUAAAUCAGUUUGUACGUUGAUUGACAGGUGGAUUACAGACAGAAAGCAGCUGCUGCAGGUCGAAUCCCCACUAACUAUCUGAGGCGAGAGCUUGGCACCACAGACCAUGAGAUCCUCACGAGCAGACUAAUCGGUGAGUUCACAAGAAUGUUGACAAAUGAUGUCAAGGGGGUGUAUUUGUGUUGUUUGGCAGUGUAUGCCAUAGACCUGAGUCUUUUAAAUAACACUUGGAUGUAUUUCUACUUUUCAGACAGAUCCAUAAGACCGCUGUUCCCUCCAGGAUACUUUUACGACACCCAGGUCAGCUCAGAAUGAAAGUUUUUGCACCAGUUCAAAGUCCAUAUCCAUAAACAAAGAUAACAGAAAUGUAAAUCCGUCCCUAAUGUUUUUUUUUCUUUUCAGGUUCUGUGUAACCUGCUGGCUGUUGAUGGUGUCAAUGAUCCAGAUGUGCUGGCUAUCAAUGCAGGUGAGUUCCAUCACAGCAACCUAAUGUUUUUAAUAGAUCACAGCUUUUUAUAUCCUUAGCUUGAAUAUUAUUUUCUUUCAGCUUCGGCUGCCUUGGCCCUGUCUGACAUCCCCUGGAAUGGACCAAUUGGUAGGCUGUAACAACUUAUAAUCUAGUCAAUAGUCUUCAAUUUUCAGUCAAUUAUUGCAGUUUUAUUUAAGUCUAGCUGACCUCUGUUUUCUUUAUCUUUCAGGAGCCGUGCGUGUUGGCUUGGUUGAUGGAGAGCUGGUGAUAAAUCCCACCAGGUUAGAGAUGACUUCCAGCACUCUGAACCUCAUUGUGGCUGGAGCUCCCAGCAGUCAAGUUGGUAAGUUAGUAAAAACAUCAGCAUUUCAAUAUAAUCUACCUAAAGUGUAUGGUGUAUAUAUAGCUGACAUCAUAACUUAUAUACUCAGCAUUCAGCUCAACCUUGCAGGUUAUUGGAAGCCUUUCUCCUGUCCUUUAAAGCUGAUUUCACCAUGUAGCGCUUCUCUCAUGUUCUUCUCUGUUUGCUAGUGAUGAUUGAGGCGUCAGCUGAGAACGUGCUGCAGCAGGACUUUUGCCAUGCAGUGAAGGUGGGAGUCAGACACACCCAGCAGAUCAUACUGACCAUCCAGCAAAUGAUGCGGGAACAAAAGAUCACCAAGCGCACCCCUGUCAAGGUCUUCACUGCCCCAAAAGACAUGGUGGAACAUGUUAGACAGUAAGAAACUGUUUUUUGUGGUGUAAGAAUACAUAUGCAAAAUAUGAUAGCAUGUCAAUGUUCUAAAUCAGCAGCAUAUAAUUAUAUAGUUUCAUGGAAUCAACAAAUUAGCUUUCAGUGAUUUAUAUCCUAAAUCAAAAGUACAGGGACAGAAUAUGUUGAGGACUUACCUGUUUGAACUACUUGAACUGUGAUAAGCUGAACUUCAACUUGAUUUUGAGAUCAGUGGGUGGCAAAAUAUGACUUAAAACUGUAGAUGUCAGUUACCAUGUUUUUUUCCCCUUUUUUACACGCAGAUUAGCUUCUGAGAGGAUCUAUGCUGUUUUCACUGACUACACCCAUGAUAAGGUAAAAGCUUUUUAACCUCUAUUAUGUCAAUUCAAAAUUCUCUCUUUUGUUCAUGGCUGAUAGCUCUUGUACUGUAGAUGGGUUGAAGGGACUUAAUUUUUCUGAAUUUUUUUCUCUAUUUUCUGAUAUGAACAUCUUAUACAUUGCAGAAUAUUGCUUCAUACCCAAACCAGAGUAAUCUUUCUUUCAUGUAUGUUUUUUUUUUUCAUAUAUUCUCAUUGCAUUUUGUUUAGAUUUCCAGAGAUGAAGCUAUCAACAAAGUCCGCCUAGAAACUGAGGAGAUCCUUAAAGGUAGAUCUUGUUAAAUGUUGGAUAUUUUAUUAAAAAAUCUAAGUGGGCUGUACACUUACUGAUGUAUUUACAUUUCAUACAUUGUGCAGUUGGUUCUGUUUAUUAAAUAUAUACUGUAUAUAUCCAUUUGUCAGCUAAUCCAUGUCUUUAAUGUGCAGAAAAAUUUCCCCAGGCAGAGCCAUUUGAAAUCAUUGAAUCUUUCAACGUUGCGAGCAAGGAAAUCUUCCGAAAUUUAGUGCUUAAUGAGUACAAGAGGUAAGCAGUUUCUUUGGUGAACUAAAUGUUUAUUUCCAUGACGCAUUAUGUCCUUAUUUAAUUCCUGCAACAACCUUUCUUUGUAGAUGUGAUGGGAGGGGGUUGACUGCUUUGAGGAACAUUUCUUGUGAUGUUGACCUCUUCAAACCACUGCAUGGCUCGGCUUUGUUCCAAAGAGGACAAACACAGGUGAGCGCACAGCUGCAAGAAAGCCCCAGAAUCUUCUUUUAUAAUUGAAUAAAUACCAAAAUAAAACGGCAAGAUACAGUGGUGGCUUUCAAGAUUGUUUCUGUGAUUAGUCUUCUGACAGUUUGAGGUACUUCCAUGUCCUGAUUCUGUCCCUGCAGGUACUUUGCAGUGUCACGUUUGAUUCACUGGAAUCCAGUGUCAAAGCAGAUAUCAUUACCACUGCUUUAAGGUAAAAAGAUCCUUCAUUUUCAUAAUUAAACCUACAUACAGAGGGCAUACCCACUAUUAUAAACCAAUUAAAGUAUUUGGAAAGACAAUUAAAGCUUUCUGUUUCCCUCUCCAGUGGAAUUAAAGACAAAAACUUCAUGCUUCAUUAUGAAGUAAGUCAAAUCUUUUUGUUUUUAUUGUUUCUGUGAAACAUUUGAAGGAUGAUUCUGUAUCAUUGAAUUCUGCAUUGAAAUAAUAAUUAAAAAAAACACCUUGAUUUUCAGUUCCCUCCAUACGCAACCAAUGAGAUUGGAAAAAUGGGAGGCAUUAACAGAAGAGAGCUUGGACAUGGUUUGUGCUUACUGUUACACCUUUAAUUUGUUUUUGAUGUUUGGCAGCCUUCCCAUCAAGCAUCUGAUUGACAAAGGUCAUCCUGUUCAUAUUUAUGUUUGCGUAAGUGUUUUUUAAAUUAAAUUUUUCAGGGGCCCUGGCUGAGAAAGCACUGAGACCAGUCAUCCCUAAAGAUUUCCCCUUCACUAUAAGAGUCACUUCAGAGGUGCUGGAGUCAAAUGGUGAGAGUGAUGAUGACGCUGGUUUUUAGAGUGUACAAACAACACAGUCAGUGCAGGAAAUGUGUUCAUUGUCCGGCAGGAUGUGUCAGACAAGAACCUGAGGGACUGUGUCUGAAUGCCUUCUCACUUUCUCACUCCUACUGUUUCUACCGCUUUCUUUCAGGAUCCUCUUCCAUGGCCUCAGCAUGUGGAGGUAGUCUAGCUCUGAUGGACGCAGGUACCGUGGCUCUGUUGUUAUUUUCAUUUAUUCUUGUAUUUAAUAUUUGCAUAGUUUUUCCAGUAUGGAUGGGUCUGUGCCACUAUCAAAACUAAAAACUAAUUUUUCACUGUGCAUAUAUUCUUUCAACAUUCUCAUCAUGCUUUCAAUCUGAAUAGACAUGUUUUCAGAUGAAAAGUUAUUACAUCUUGACUGUUUAGCGUUGACAUGUUUUCCCCCAUUUAGUAAAGUGUGUAAUAAACUGUAUCUCUAUGUCUGUCUCCCAGGUGUUCCCAUCUCUUCUGCUGUAGCAGGUGUAGCAGUCGGUCUCAUCUCCAAAGCCAACCCAGAGACACCUACAGAGAUCCAGGACUACAGAUUAUUAACUGAUAUACUGGUACAUAGUGCACUGUAAUAAGCUUAGUUUCUGUGUGACUAACUGUCAAUCAUUAUCAAGCAGGAAAGAGAUUGUAUGUGUAAUGCAUGCGUAUUACACAAGUAAUAUAACUAUUAUCCAAGUAAGGUACAUGCUUAAUUAUGCCGUAAAUGUUUAUUGUGGACUUGUUUAAAUUCUCUAACCAGGGAAUAGAGGACUACCUUGGAGACAUGGACUUCAAGUUGGCAGGAACAAACAAGGGCAUCACUGCUUUACAGGUACUGUGUCAGAUUACUUUUUGCAAGUUUCUUAAAAUGUUCGGCUUCUCUUCCAGCUUGAACUGGCAGGAUAAUGAGAGACCUCUUUUAGAAAUAUCUGUUUUCAAAAGAAUUUUACACCUGAUCCAUGUUCAGAGUUUGAUUAAUUGAAUUUGGUGCUGUGGGUUUACUGUUUUGCUUUGAAAGUAUAAAAGAGUUUAAUGUGGAAAAUAAGUUUGAACUAUGUUGAAUUGUAAUAUUGUUGAGUAUUAGUGGUAUUUAAUGCUUUAAAUAUGCUACUUCUGCAGCCUUUCAAUGCAAUACCUUAUAAACAAUACCCAACUGUGCUACUUGAAGUUCUCAUUGUCUAUUUAUACACUUUAUUUAACCUCUAGGCUGAUGUGAAGAUCCCAGGUUUGCCUCUGAGGCUGGUCAUGGAGGCCAUCCAACAGGGAACAGGUACGGUCAUGCAGCAGGGAAAAUAAACACUUACAAAUUAUGAAGAAUAUGAGAGUUUUUGAUGGAUGAAUGACACUCUCAAAAAUCUAAUGUUCCAGUGGCAAAGAGGGAGAUCUUGGGCAUCAUGAAUAAAUGUUUGCAAAAACCCAGAGAGACUCAGAAAGAGAAUGGACCUGUUGUCGGCAAGUUUUGUGUUUAAACACAAGUAUUUGCAUUUCAAAUAUAAAAGAAACUGACAGAACCUGUACACUGACUGAACUGUGUAUACUGACAGCUGAUGUGAAUGACUUUUUGUCUGCAGAAAAUGUCCGGGUGCCUGCUUCUAAACGAGCACGGUUUGUUGGUCCAGGUGGCUACAACUUACGCAAGCUACAGGCUCAAACAGGUAAGCUGCAGUGUGAAAUUCGUAUCUCUCUGAUGUACAAUGCAUAUUAUAGAUAUGACAACUUUGGGGGGAAAAAAAUUAACAUUUUAUUCAUUCAGUCUGAAAUAAAGUGUUUAUUUUUUUUCCCUUUUAAGGUGUCACAAUAAAUCAGGUAGACGAGGAGACCUUUUCAGUGUUUGCUCCAACACCAGAAGCCAUGCAUGAAGCCCAUAAAUUCAUCAGUGAAAUAUGCAAAGAUGACGUGAGUCUAAGCCAUCAUAAAUCUGAAUUAGUUGUUAUGAAAACUGUAAAAAAAAAACAUUACUGCCCAUGUAAAAUAUAUAUGUGAAAAGAGGAAAUGUGUAUUUGUUUUUGGUAUUGCAGCAAGAACAGGAGCUGGAGUUUGGUGCCAUCUACACUGCCACCAUCACUGAGAUAAGGUAAAGCAACACAUAGGAGUGUUGACUUUGUUGACAGUGUUUGAUCUAAGCUGUAAGCACCAGUCUAAACAAAACGACUUUUAGUUAUGGUGCUCAAGUUUUUAAUGCUCUGCUUCAGGGACAUUGGUGUGAUGGUGAAACUAUACCCUAACAUGAGUGCCGUCCUGUUACACAAUUCACAACUGGACCACAAACGGGUCAGUACAUUUUCCUGCGAUACUGUUUGCUUGUGUGUUUCUUGGAGUGUUUCUACUAAUUCCUUUUUUUAAUAUAUUUUUAGAUCAAACAUCCGAGCGCUCUGGGUUUAGAUGUGGGACAGAAGAUACAGGUAAACAUCAAUAACUAUUAACUGAAUUCUAAGUAUCCUGUGUUCACAUUCAUGACUUAUUGUCUCUUUCUGGAUUUACGCUAACAGGUCAAAUACUUUGGACGGGACCCAACAGAUGGCAGGAUGAGGAUUUCACGGAAGGUGCUCCAUUCUCCUGCAGCAUCAAUCAUCAAGACGAUGAGCGAAACCCAGAGCAUCUCCAUGAGCUCCAGUAACAGCAACAGGCCCAGCUCUGACUUGUGA